AUGUCUAAACCAGAAAUUAGAAAUAUUAUAAAAGGCCAUGCCUAUUUAGCAAAUGGCGAGGGACUUAGUGGCCAAGGGCCAUUUAUAUCGGGUCAAGCAUUAGUUGCGAUAAAAGGCGUUGGGUUUUCUACUCUAGAUAUUGAUCUUGAUAAUAUAGAUAUUCGCUAUAUUGAUAAUAGAGCAACUGAUUCAGCAACGUGUUUUAUAAAACCCAAUGUUCAUAAUAUAUCUAUUGGUUCUAUCGUUGGUCCUCACACUGCGAGCGGCGACGGUGGUGUGUUCUUCGAUAGAAAUGAAGCAGGUCUAGCUUCCUCCGACAAUAAUUUCCCUGAAUUAAAAAUUAGAUUAACAGGAACUGGUAAUCCCCCUGAUGUACCAUCUAAUGAUUAUAGUGGACUCACUGAUAUUAUUAGCUCUAAAAAUAAUUUGACCCUAGAAGUAGAUGCUGUCAAUAAAGCCGAAGUAACGCUAAAAACACGUUUCGUAGGGGAAGGUUGGGGUAUAAAUAAGCUUAAUGCUAUAACUGAGGUUAUCCAUGAUGUUACAGGUCAAGAAUUAAAUGAUGAUGGACGUAUAGGAAUUCAUGAAACUAAUAUUGGCUCAACUGAUAAUAAAUCAACCUAUACCUUGCUAAUUGGAAGCAAUAAGAACUCCCAAAAAGGUGGUAAGGAUUUAAAACAUAUUUCUCUUAAUGCUGAAGAUACAAAUGUAAGGCACUUAUAUGAAGGUCAUGAUCGUAUAAACUUCUGUAAUCAAUCAUCGGAAUUAAUAAUCGAAAAUAAGGAUUCUGAAAAAUAUACAAUAAUUCUUAAAGACAAUAUAGACCCUGGUUUUAGUGAGACUCAUCAUAAGGGAAUAGUAAAACUUAAAGGGCAUUUACACAUUAUAGGAGGGACCUUUGGCGUUAAAGGGACCCCUGGCGUUAAGGAGGAGCAUCUAUUAAGUACCUUUGGGUAUAAUUCGAAUACUGUCACAUUCGAGAAAGGUUCAGGGCAUGCUGCCGAAGAUGUUGUUGAUAAUGCGUAUGAUAAUGUACAAGCGCUUGGGGGGGUCAAUUGA